AGAUAAGUGUCAAGGGGGAUAAAUUUUAGGGCUUAGAUUCAGUAGCAAGUCUUGUGACUCUGGCAAAGAGUUUAAGCUCUCUCUGCCUCAGUUUCCUUACCAGUAAAAUAGAGAUAAUGGACCCUAUCACAAGUAGUAAAGAUCAAAUGAGGCAAUAUGUACAAACUGCUUUGCAAAGAAGGCCAUUACACAAAAUGGCUACCUAUCAUUAUCGUCUUUCUGUAUUAUCACUGGGAUUUUCCUAUUAGUUUUGGCAAAUAAAGCAGAAAGAUUGUUAGGUUUUCUAAAGCAAGCUGGAAAGUAACUUGGGGGGGGAGGGGGAUUAAAAUAAACCGGUCCUUAAGUAAAAUGUUCUGUACUCUUCAUUAAAAAAAUAAUAAUGUUAUAUGUCUAAAAAUGCUCUUCAUAGAAAAAAAUUACGAAAAUAUUCCCAUGAGCUAUUUAAGUCAAGAUUUGGAUAAAAUCAAGCCAAUUUUUUUCAGCAGCUCUAAACUUUUCGUCCAGCCUCUAGAAAGACACCAAAGGAGUCUUUUCCAGCUAGCUCAUGAAGAAGCCGGCACAAGAGCUAAGAGCAGGGUCAAGGCCCCUUCGUUAGGAAGAGAGAGAAAAGGAGAGGACCCAGAGAGAGUGGGACGCUGAGAGGGAGUGAAGGGGGAGGACAGCCAACAGGUGCCAAAGCCGAGCACCACGAUCCCCUACACAGGAUUCCCCUUCCAAUCCCGCCCUUUCCGCAGCCAUGGACACUAACGGAUUGGCCAAGCCCAACGAGACUGAAAGGCGCGCCUGGCUGUUGGCUGGGGCACGAGCUAACAGUAACAUCCCGCCCCUUCCCGGAAAAAGAACUACAAGUCCGAGUUGAGGCCAGGAGUCGAGUCUUCGUUUCUCUGGUCUCGCCCCAGGGUCCCGGAGUUCUUAGGCUGAGCUCUCCAGUGUGCUCCGUUUGCUUCGACUCGCCCCACUUCGCUCUCCCCUGGGAGGGUGUGGCAGACCGAAAGGGGCAGGAUUCGAGGGGAGGACCCGAUAAACACGCCUUCGCUGUCGCCUGCAGUGGAGCCAUCAGGCGAUCGGGCUACGUGAGGCGCGGGGCGGCCCGCGAUUGGUCGGCUCGAGAAUGUGGCGCGGCCCAGCGUGGCUGGCGUUGGCCGGGGCGCUGCGGGGCGGGGCCUGGGCCGCAGCGCGGGGCUUGGGCUCCUCCUACGCUUCGCUUCUCUUAAGCUCCCGAGGUGGUCUCAGUACCGAGAUCUCAGGCUCCUGGUUCAGCGGCUCAGUCUGCGGAUCCGAGCCUCAGCACCGAAACUUCAGCGGGAGUGCGGGCUUCUUGGGAAGGAUUAAACAUAUUGCAACAAUGCCCGAAAUCAACACGGAUGAUCUGGAUGAGCAGCAAGUUCAGCUCCUGGCAGAGAUGUGCAUUCUUAUUGAUGAAAAUGACAAUAAGAUCGGUGCAGAGACCAAAAAGAAUUGCCAUCUGAAUGAAAACAUUGACAAAGGGUUAUUACAUCGAGCUUUUAGCGUCUUUUUAUUUAAUACAGAAAACAAAUUAUUACUGCAGCAGAGAUCAGAUGCUAAAAUUACUUUUCCAGGUUGUUUUACAAACACUUGUUGUAGCCAUCCACUAAGCACUCCAGUCGAAUUGGAAGAAAAUAAUGCCAUAGGAGUAAGGCGGGCAGCUCAGAGACGUUUAAAGGCUGAACUAGGGAUCCCCAUGGAACAGGUUCCUCCAGAAGAUAUUUCCUAUUUAACACGAAUCCACUACAAAGCACAAUCUGAUGGGAUUUGGGGAGAACAUGAAAUUGAUUAUAUCUUGUUUGUGAGGAAGAAUGUAACGUUAGAUCCAGAUCCUAAUGAGAUCAAAAGCUAUUGUUAUGUCACCAAGAAGGAACUAGAAGAACUCCUGGAAAAAGCAGCUAAUGGGGAAAUUAAAAUUACACCAUGGUUCAAAAUCAUUGCUGAGACUUUUCUUUUUAAAUGGUGGGAUAACUUGAAUCAUUUGAAUCGAUUUGUUGAACAUGAGAAAAUUCAUAGAAUGUAAAAAUGUGGGUCUAGAAAAGUCCACAUUAAAGUCAUUUUAAAAUUACCUUGUUCUCUUUUAAGAGGACCACUGCAGAUGAUAAACUAUUUGAAUAUAUAAGAAAGACCACUGGCUAGGUGACUGUAAAUUGUAUGCCUUAUGUGUACACAUGUCCAAAAGGUGUAUACAUGUGGAAAUUUUUUUAAUUUAAAAUAAAACAACCACACAUGCCUGCAGACACUUAUUUUAAUGUGUGCCUGAAAAAUCUCUUUGUGGCAAAUUUGCACAAAUUAAGUUUUAAUAUGAUUGGGACAGACUUUUUCAGUGUCUUAAGUUUCUAUUAUGGUUCAGAUAAAAAGUAUUUGUCUAAAGGACGACUAUAUUUACUUACGAGUAAAAUAUUGAUUACCUUUUUUAUCUAGUUGGCUAUUUUGAAACAUUGAAAUAAUUUUAUUGUAACUAUUGAACUGUUAUAGAAAAUUCUGAGGAAAUUGGUGAUGUUUCAGGUUUAGUUUCUUUACCUCUAUUCCAAGGGAAAAUGGAAGUUAGUCAUUCUGGAAGUGGGUCUUUAAGGAAAAAGGUGGGGGGGAAGUAGUUUUAGGUUUUAGCACUACUCUGUAUAAGUACUUGAACUCAAACAGCACUGUUCUAGGGAGAAAUGAAUAGCAAAAAAACUUUAAAAUCACAAUAAUUACAGCCACUCAAAAAUGGGGAAUGUAGAACCAACAAUAUGAAGAGCAUGAUUUGACUGUAGAAGAGAAUGACUCUUUUAAGAUAGUGGAUAGCAAGACAUUCUGUGAGCCAUCCUGAACCAAGUCAAUAAUAGGUUAUUGAGGUAAUAAUAUGCAGUUUUAAACUUCACCUUCUGACUCAUCUGGGUAGAUCUAGUUAACAAUAAAAGAUCUAACAAAAGAAGAAGAGAAUAUUUAAAAUUUGUUUCUUAAACCUAAGGUACAUAGGUAAAAUGGGGAGUAGUGGAGAGAAUCGUAUGUCCUUAAACUUGAACAUGUAUUUAUUUAUACUUUCUAUAUGAUAAUAUUGAUUUUUUUUGUCCUGCUAAUCUGUAUACAGCAUGACUUAUGAUGGACUUAUUUUACUAAACAAUGUAUAAAUAAAAUCAAUAAAAGAAUUUUCACAUUCUUUAA